AUGUCGAGAUGUGAGAUGAGACGUCUGUGGCUGAGCCCCUUCCAGUUCCGCGCCAACUACUCCCGCCACGCGCCAGACGCCGCUCCUUCCCGGCUGCUCUGCCACUCUUUGCCACCUUCCUCCCACCAUCCUUAUCGUGUCCACCCCAACCGCGGUCAAAUGCUCAGGGCCUUGGUCUCUCGCGCCCGCUGUUAUUCUCAAAUUGCCGUAAACGCGUCGCAACCCGCCUCUGCGCACACACAGCUUCCCUACCAUGUCCCCCGCAACACUAGAGGCUCCAUGCCUGUAUACACCGACAUCCGCAACGGUGGCACACAGCACCUCACGCUGAUCCGCAACAUCGAGGGAAACAUCGACGCGCUCGCCAUGGACCUCGCACAAUCUCUAUUCGCGCCUGGCUCCCCCGAGGCUCUGAGACUCAAGAUCCACUCCCUCAGAUCAAAACACCUCGUCCUAAGUGGCGGGCGCUGGAAACCUGAUGUCGUCCGAUGGCUGCUAUCAAAAGGAUUUUGA